AUUGCUCCCAAAAAAGGUAUGAAUCUGUUUAUCCAAAGUUGAUGUAGAAUAGCAAGCGGCGUUGCCAUGAGCAUUUGGACUAUGCUGCUACCUCACCCCAAUCUCAUCUCUUGCACCUUUCCCACUCCCAACAACCGAAACUCACUCCAACCCCGCAACCCUCAAGCCAGAGUUUUGACACACAGACCAACACGUUUCAGUUGCUUCCUUAAACCGCUUCAUGUCAAAACCAAAAUCAAAAUCUCGUUGGCUGCGUUUCCUAAAAAGGAUCGUCUCCAUGUUUGUGGCAGUUUGAAGAGAGAGAGUGAAGUGGGUGGUAAUGGCAAUGGAAGAGACUGGACAACCUCAGUUUUGCUAUUUCUCUUGUGGGGCGCACUCAUGUACUACGUUUUCUUGCUCGCCCCAAACCAAACCCCGUCAAGGGACGUGUAUUUCAUUCAAAAGCUCCUGAAUCUAAAAGGAGAUGAUGGUUUUAGAAUGAAUGAGGUGCUGGUAUCAUUGUGGUAUAUAAUGGGCUUGUGGCCGUUGGCAUAUAGCAUGCUUCUGCUUCCUACAGGAAGAAGCUCGAAAAACAAUAUUCCUGUAUGGCCUUUCCUGGUACUUUCAUCUAUUGGUGGUGCAUAUGCACUUCUUCCUUAUUUUGUACUUUGGAGACCACCAGCACCUCCUGUUGAAGAAACUGAGCUUAAAACAUGGCCAUUGAAUUUUAUGGAAUCAAAAGUAACUGCAAUAAUAUCACUUGCUGCAGGGAUAGCCAUCAUAACCUAUGCUGGUUUAGCUGGACAAGAUGUGUGGAAAGAAUUUUACCAGUACUUCAGGGAAAGCAAAUUUAUCCAUAUUAUGUCCAUUGAUUUUAUUAUAUUUUCCACAUUUGCACCAUUUUGGAUCUACAAUGAUAUGACUGCUCGAAAAUGGUUUGACAAAGGUUCUUGGCUUCUUCCCAUAUCAUUGAUACCAUUUUUGGGGCCUGGUUUAUACCUUUUCCUGCGACCAUCACUAUCAACAGUGGCCAUUUCACAAACUCCUGUUGAGCCCGAGUAAAUGUCCAUGAGAUGACUGGCAAAGGUACAAAUACACAAAUUUAGUUGCAACUAGAAGUGCAUCUAAUCUCAAGUUUGGUUCAACAAAUAAACAGAAAAGUGAGAGCAGCUUACUACCCAACUCACUAGUCCAUAACAAUAUUGAGACCCAUUGGCUUAUUCAUCAUUUGGGGCGAGAGACUUUUCUUCUGUUGCUGUAUGAUUCUUCGUAACCACAUUGAGAUAAAUCAGCGUAUACAUUUUUAUUAGCUUGGGGGAAUUCCUUGUGACAUCAUUUAGCCAAUCACAAUCUUAAUUAAGGAUGCAUUUGGUUACACAACUAUUGUAAAUACUUAUUUAAUAAGUUAUAUUUAAACAAUAAAUUAAGUCAAAUUCAAUAAUAAAAUUUAUUGGAAUAAGGUGACAACAGUAAGUUUAUUGAAAUU